AUGGAAACUUUGAGAGAUAUGGAGGCGCCAGAACUUGGAGACUUGGUUCACAACAAUAGAAUGGGUAAUGUUCUUUAUUCUUUGGUUGGCAAGUUUCCAUACUUGGAGAUUGACGCUGAAAUAUUUCCCAUAACCAGCAAUGUCAUGCGUAUCCACGUAGACUUGUCUCCUGACUUUGUAUGGGAUGAAAGAUACCAUGGAAAUGCCCAAAUCUUUUGGGUGACAAUUGAAGAAUCUGACAAGUCGGAGAUUCUUCACAUUGAAAAAUUCAUCUUGAAUAAGAAGCAGAUGAGGAGCCCACAUGAACUCAAUUUCAUGAUUCCAGUUGGCGACCCAGCACCACCACAAAUUGUUGUCAGGGUCCUUUCAGACUCAUGGAUUGGAUCAGAGACAGUACACACCAUUUCUUUCCAGCAUUUGGUAAAACCUAACAACGAAACCGUGAGAACAAAUUUAUUACGGUUGCAACCGUUGCCUAUAUCGGCCUUGCAUGAUAGUCAAGUUGAAGCUAUCUACGGGCUGAAGUUCAGGUACUUCAAUCCAAUGCAAACCAUGACAUUUCACUCUUUAUAUAACUCCAACUCGAGUGUUUUUGUUGGAUCUCCUACUGGCUCUGGAAAAACUGUUGUUGCUGAGCUUGCUAUUUGGCAUGCCUUCAAGGAGUUCCCAGGGUCCAAAGUGGUUUAUAUUGCACCAAUGAAAGCGUUGGUCCGCGAACGUGUGGACGACUGGAGAGCCAGAAUUCAAGCUAACACAAAACACAAGUUGGUGGAAUUAACUGGUGACUCUUUACCUGAAGCCAGAGAGGUUAGAGAGGCAGACAUUAUCAUUACUACACCAGAAAAGUUUGACGGUAUUUCCCGGUAA